AUGCUUCUUGAAGACAACCAUGAGGGCCUUACAAAGCUUGAUAUCAAAACAAUCCUCGGCGGUCUGAUGUCUGGCGGUUUCGAAACAAUCUACUCGACCGUCAUCGUCACCCUUGGGGCUCUGUCAACGCCCCGGGGACAGGAGAUACAGAACAAGGCAUACGCAGACAUGAUAGGUGCGUACGGCUCAUAUGAGAAUGCAUUUGAGCAAUGCCUUCUCGAAGAGAAGAGCCACUACGUCUCCAGUUUGGUGAGGGAAGCCUUGCGGUUUUACCCGCCCCAUAAGAUUCUUCCAGCACGACAGGUCUAUAAAGACUUCACGUAUGUGGGAGCCACCAUUCCUCAAGGGAUGCUUAUCUACAUCAAUAACCAGGCCGUCAAUUUUGACAAAGAGACGUAUGGCCCUGACGCUCACGAGUUCCGCCCGGAGCGAUGGAUCGAAGCAGGAUGCGAUAUACCUCCCCCAUACCAUUUUGCCUAUGGUGCUGGAGCCCGAAUGUGUACGGCCGUCAACUUCGCGAACCGGAUGCUGUACGGAGUAUUUGUUCGCUUGAUUCUCUCCUUCAAGAUCACAGAGAGUAAGGAAAUACCCCCGAAUGUCCAUUAUAUCGACUACAAGGAGGACUCAACGGCAUCCAAUGCCAUCCCCUCAUUAUUCAAACUCAGAUUCACUCCCAGAGACCCGGGGAUGCUCGAAGAGUGCCUCAAGAAUGCGCACGAGAACCUGACAGAUUUUGUUACUGGAGACAACGCAGAACCCCUCUUCUUGUGA